GAAUGGCACACAGAGCUCCGUCUUUUGUUGAGGGAUCUCACCGACGUGAACGGAAGGAUAAAGAAAGGGAUUCCAGAUCCCAAGUCGGAGGCAGGCGUGGCGUUCCUGAAGAUUAAGGCGGUGUAUGGGAGGAUUGACACGUAUGAUGUACUGGUCCGUCAGUCGGUCGUAACAAGGUGGCUGGACAGAGUCCGGACCAUUUCCCACUCUGAUCCUAAGACCUUCAGGAAUUCCAUUGAUGAGUACAUAGAAACAGCUGACCCUGGUGCAGGAGGUCAGUUUUGGCCAAUCGUAAAGAAGGUUACAGUUCGUUUACCUAACUGUGAUGCCUGCAGCAGUGGAGCAGUACUGGUGGAUCUACCAGGUGUGAGGGACUCGAACGCGGCCCGCGACAAAAUAGCGCGAGAUCAUUUGAAGAACUGUACUGCCGUGUGGGUUGUGUCCUCCAUACAUCGCGCCAUUGAUGAGAAGACAGCUAAGGACCUCCUGGGAGAGAAUUUCAGCAGACAGCUGUUGAUGGACGGACAGUAUGGAAACAUCGCAUUUAUCUGUACAAAGACCGACAUCAUCAAAAACUCCGAAAUCAUCAGAGGGCUGAAUCUUCGGGAGGAAGUAGAACCUCUGGAGGCUGAGAUCAAUCGUCUGGAGAUGGAGAAGAACGAUUUAGAGGACAGUAAGACGACCAACAGGCAGUGUAUGGAGCAGCUGAAGACAGAGAACCGGGAACUGAGACAGAACAUCGAGGAGAUAGAGGAGUGUCUGAGGACCGAGGACGUCGAGGGCAAGGAGGACUCACAGGAGGUCAAAGAAAUAAAGGAAGUGCUGAUUGAGAAGCAGGAAGCAGUCAGAAAAGAUAAGGAGCUGAUACAGUCGUACCGUAAGUCUAUCACAGAAGCUGACAACACCUGUCUACAACACGAGAUGACCAUCAGUCAGAAGAGAAAGGAACUGUCCAGUCUCUGUGCUAAGGCUAGGAAUAACUAUUCCAAAAAGGAAAUCAAACGAGACUUCAAGGCCGGACUAAGGGAAAUGAAGAGGAAGGCUGGGAUGUCUGACGUGGAGGAGAUGGAUGAUGAUGAUUUAUAUAACAGUGAGGAUGAUGAUGAAGAUAUCGGAUCAUCAGCGGAGAACCUUAAGGUGUUCUGUGUCAGUGCUAACGAGUACCAGAAAAUGAGGAACAUCAUCAUCGACGACGGACCCCCAACAGUGUUUAGUACAGAAGAGGACACACAGAUUCCAGCCUUAAGGUCGUACAUCCACCAGAUGACCGCUGUCCGACACCGCGGCAGUGUAGAGAGAAUUCUACAGAGGGUGGCUCAGUUUGUGUUUGACGUACAGAAUUACCUCAAUGAGGAUGGAACCAUCCAGACAAAGGAAAAAAAGAAGAAAUCACAAAGUGCCAUUGAGCAGAGGACACAACUCUUGUCACAGAAGUUUGAUUCCUUGAUAAGAGAUCUACAGCUGGACAUAGAGAAGGCAUUCUCCAAUCAGAUUAGACCUAAGUUAGGAAAGGGUAUCACCGAAGCUUCCAUGAAAGCCAAUGAACAAGCAGCAAAAUGGGGAUCACCGGUGAAUAAAGAGAACAAACAGGCCGGGGGGUUACAAUUCUGUGCGUACCGAGCCACGGUACAGAGACAUGGGGUGUUCCAGUCCCCCACGUAUGGACCGGUCAAUUUUAACGAGGACCUUACGGCUCCUAUGUAUUCAAGGAUAUCCAUUGUGUGGGAUAAAGUCUUCAGUGGAAUACUGUGGGGUGACUUUGAGAAGUUUAGGACAACAGUACUGACUUCACUGAAGGAGUUUAUUCAGAUCCUGAUUCAGGAUCUUCAUACACACGUUGUACAGCCCAGCAGUACACAGAGGGUACAGGCCUACAUCUUAGACAAUGCAAAGCAUCAGUUGACAGAGAUGGUGGCUGCUCUUAAAGAAUUUGUGACAGAGAGACAGAGGGAUGCCAAUCGUGUUCUGACACCUGUAGUACAGGAGAACAUGACUCCAACCUAUGACGCUUGUGCCGCAGAGAGUGGACCGGGAGCCUACCAGAGAAUGAAGGACGGCAUGGCGGCAGGAAUCGACAGAGGGAAAAUCUAUAUGUUUGAUGACGCCUCUCGCAACCUGCUGCAGGAAUUGGAGCAAAUCAAGGUUCAAGUAACGGAGAAAGUACGGGGAGUGUGUCGUGGUCUUUGCUCGGAUCUACAGGUGGCUUUUGAGCCCCUUUGGGAGGCCCCUGGGACCUGUGUGGAACUGCGAGACGUACUCCUACCAUGUGUUGGGGAGAUUUCACUCCAGGUGCGCACCAUAAUGGAGGAAGCCGGAGUGAGGGUACCAGUAACUAAUACAGGGCCACCUCCUGUCACAACCACCAACGGGGCUCCUGUCCAAUCAGAAGUCACUAAUGCACAAGGAAAUCAGGGUAUACAGAGAACAGAUGGGAACUCGUCAGAAUUGCCGCUGAGUUUUGUUCUUGAGGAACUUCAAGCCGGAUCUUCUGAUUCUGAACUUUUAACCUCCAUCAAAGUGGAACCAUCACUGUGUGUGCCCAAAAUCAAGAAAGAAAUGACAGUCUCUACCCAGAAUGCCACACCAGUCCGAUUUUCCUCUAUUAAAUCGGAACCCUCGUCUGGUAUACAGGUUUGUUGUUUUUGUGGACACCCCGGGACAAACCCAGGUGAAUGUGAUAAGUGUCGUGUCCCCCGGCGCUCCCCCCAAGGUAUCCUGUUCAGGUGUUGUCAAUUUUGUCACAUGAUGGGAAAGAACAUUCACAUCUGUGAAUUCUGUAAGCGGUGUCGGCGAUGUUUAAAUGUCGUCACAUCUCCUAAGCAACAGUGUGAAAUCUGUCAAGCUCCAAGAUCAAGGAUUCCAGGAUCUACUAGCAGAGUUUCCACAAAUCAUCAAAAUGUAUCCCACACCAUCACCUCAGCUAGUGUUCAAACAAAUCAACCGUCCACUUGCCCAGUAAGUACAGAUCAUCACAGUGCCAGAGUCAGUGAUGGAUCGUCUAUCAAAGUUGCGUCCUCCACAAUCCCACCAAAUGUUCAGCACAAUUCCUUCCCGGGCAGCACAUCUUACCUAGGUAUGUCUUCCAUACUUCCACCAAAUGUUAGUCAAACCUCCAGUACAGCUCGCCACCCAUCGACACAAGCCUACAAUGGCAGGGGUCAAGGUGACCAUGCAGUGCUUAAUACAUUAAAGAGACUAGCUGAUAAAGUGGGGUCACCCAAACAUCUGCUGUCUGCUUCCCAGCCUGUCCAGCAUGGCAGAAACAUGACCCCUUUUUCUCAGGGGUCAACCUUAUCACAGACAGGAAGUCUUACUCCACUGUCGAGUAAGCAGACGGGGAAUGACGUACGAGGUGGUACGCCAUAUAGCAGACUUAGCAGCAGCCAACAAACUCAUCAGAAAGAUCAGAAACAUGCCCUGAAAACACUCUCCAGAGUGCCAAAAAAUUUAGGAUUUAAGGACAUGAGGUAUAAUCCAUGAGGAAAGAGUGGAUUUGUGAAGCUGUAGAAGAAAGAUGUACACCACAAACUAGUGGA